AUGACGGUCGGCAUCACCAGCACGCUUCAGUUCAUUGCCGGUAAUUCGGCCCAGUACAUGAAACCGGGCGAGAAUGAUCAGUCACCGCAGGCGGAUGCUGCGAACGGGCGCACCACCAGCACCAUCCCGGACAGCAACAACAACGAGCUGGAGGAUGACCGUACCGUAAGCAACAAGGAUAUCGACAGCUAUCUCAAGCAUUACAACCGUUGGCAGCAGUCGGCCUGGGGCCACACACUGUCCAAGCUGCUGAAGCGGUACGUCGGUUACGAGUUCGAUGCCGAAAUCAAGUGGAACAAUGUGCUCAUGAUCGGGGUCUUUCACGUGAUCGCCAUAUGGUCCUUUCUGCACUACGUCUGGCUGGCAACACCCGUCACCUAUCUCUGGGGUUUCUUCGUUGGUGGGUGUGCCGGGUUCGGGGUGACGGGUGGCGUACACCGACUAUGGUGCCACCGGUCGUACAAGGCCAAACUGCCGCUGCGCAUCAUCCUGAUGUGCUGCUACUCGAUCGCCGGCCAGAACACGAUCUAUGACUGGGUGCGGGAUCAUCGCAUCCAUCACAAGUACUCGGAAACGGACGGUGAUCCACACAACGCGAACCGGGGCUUCCUGUACGCGCACGUCGGCUGGCUGAUGCUACGCAAGCACCCGGAAUGCAUCAAGAAGGGCCGGCUGAUCGAUAUGUCCGAUAUCGUCAGCGAUCCGGUCGUGCAGUUCCAUCACAAGAACUUUGUGCUGAUGAAGCUGCUGUUCUGCUUCAUUCUACCCACGUUCAUACCGUGGUACUUCCUCGGCGAAACAUUCCUGAUGUCGUUCUUCAGCCAGUGUUUCGUCCGGUACGUGCUAAGUCUUAACUUUACCUGGCUGGUUAACAGUGCCGCCCAUCUGUACGGCAACCAUCCUUACGAUAAGCGCAUCAAUCCAGCGGAAAACCGUGUUGUUUCCGUGGUGGCAAUGGGUGAAGGAUGGCACAACUACCACCAUGUGUUCCCGUGGGACUACAAGGCAGCGGAGCUCGGCAACUACUCGGUGAAUGUGACCACCUUCUGGCUGGACCUGUUCUCCAAGAUUGGCUGGGCGUACGAUCUGAAGGAACCGUCCAAGGAUCUGGUACGAAGGACGAUCGAGAAGUACGGCGAUGGUACACACAUUACUGCCCGGAUCGGGCACAUGGAGGAGGUUCCUGCACCGUCAGACUCAUAG